AUGGCAGACACCACAGUCCCAAUCGAGCUCCCCGUCAUUGACAUCUCUAAUCCCCAUGACCCCACCGUGGGGAAGGCCAUGCUGGACGCCGCUACAAAGUAUGGCUUUCUAUACGUCAACAGCAAGGGAACCGAUUUCACCGUGGAGGAUGUAGACCAUGCAUUUGGAUUGUCAAAGAAGUUCUUUUCGUCUCCCUCACAGGAGAAGGAGACAUGCAAGAUCCAGCCAAAUAACCGUGGCUGGUCUGGAAUGCAUACAGAAACCCUCGACCCCGAGCAUCAGCGGGUAGGUUAUGGCCUCCAACCCGCAUAUAGUACGAAGACUGACACAGGAUAUGGCAAACAGACCGGAGACUUUAAGGAAGCCAUGAACUUCGGCGACUUCAAAGACGGCAAAGCCCAACAGCCUCUGCCACCGUCACUGGAACCCCACGAAGCAGAGAUCAACGGCUUCGCCGAACUCUGCAACAAAACCUGCACCCGAAUCCUGACUCUGCUUGCUUUAGGUCUAGAGAUCCAAGAAGACUUCUUCACAGCCCGACACGACCCAAGCACAGGAGCGACAGGCAGCAUCCUACGGUACCUAUACUACCCAUCGAUAUUCUCACCGACAACAGCAGCCUACAAGCACGACAAGGACGUGCGAGCCGGCGCGCACUCCGAUUACGGCAGCAUAACGCUUCUCUUCCAGCGGCCCGGGCAGCCAGGGCUAGAGAUCCUGACUCCAGAGGGCAGCUGGGCGCCCGUACCCAUCGUGCCUGGCACCGCAGCCGAGGCGGAGGCGUAUCCGUUCCCGCCGAUCUUGGUGAAUAUCGGCGACCUGCUGAGUUAUUGGACGGAUGGGCUGCUGAAGUCGACGGUGCACCGUGUUGUUUUCCCGCUUGCUGAGCAGCGGAGCCCGAAUCCGCAGGAUCGGUAUACGUUGGUUUAUUUCUGUCAUCCUGUUGAUGAGACGGAGUUGGUGCCUGUUCCUAGUGGGGUUGUUGUUGCGCAUCGGGAGCAGACUGGCGGUGUUCCUGCUGAUGAGAGGGUUGGAUUUGGAGGUGGAGCGGGGAAUUUAGUGCCUGGAAAGAGGCCUUUGACGGCGCAUGAACAUCUUAUGUCAAGAUUGGAGGCUACAUAUGGGUUUACUAAGGAUGAGUGA